AAGCUAGAGGGCGCUAUGUAACAAUCUGCCAGCUAGUUUAGCUUCAGCCAUUUUUUUGUACAGGCAAAAUGACGAUGGAGAGCGAUUUACCAAGGGCGGAAGCACACGAAAACUCAGUUGGUCACCAAGAUGAUCAACAAGAGAGGAAUAGACUGAGAAGUCUCAACCUUGCUGGUCAUGUAGGCUUUGAUAGUCUUCCUGACCAGCUGGUCAAUAAGUCUGUCAAUCAAGGAUUCUCAUUCAAUAUCCUCUGUGUAGGUGAGACUGGUCUUGGCAAGUCAACGUUAAUGGACACCUUGUUUAACACAGAGUUUGAGAAUGUACAAGCAACCCAUACACUGCCCGGUGUGGAACUCAAGGCUAAUACAUAUGAGCUGCAGGAAUCUACCGUUAGACUGAAGCUGACCAUUGUUAAUACUGUAGGGUUUGGUGAUCAGAUCAACAAGGAUGAAAGUUACAAGUCCAUCGUGGAGUACAUUGACAGUCAGUUUGAGAACUACCUCCAAGAAGAACUGAAGAUCAAGAGAGCGUUUCAUAUGUACCAUGAUACUCGUAUCCAUGCAUGUCUCUACUUCAUUGCUCCUACCGGUCAUUCUCUCAAAUCACUUGACCUGGUCACCAUGAAGAAGCUUGAUAGUAAGGUCAACAUCAUCCCGGUCAUCGCUAAGGCUGAUACCGUCUCAAAGAGUGAACUUCAUCGCUUCAAAAUCAAGAUCAUGAGUGAGCUUGUAAGCAAUGGAGUACAAAUCUACCAAUUCCCUACUGAUGAUGAAACCGUAGCAGAUCUCAACUCAACCAUGAAUGGCCACCUUCCAUUUGCUGUAGUAGGAAGUACAGAGGAGGUUAAGAUGGGUAAUAAGAUGGUGAGAGCAAGGCAGUAUCCAUGGGGUAUUGUACAAGUUGAGAAUGAGAACCAUUGUGACUUUGUAAAGCUCCGUGAGAUGUUGAUAAGAACUAACAUGGAAGACCUGAUUGAGCAGACACAUACCCGUCACUAUGAGCUCUACAGACGAUGUAAGCUAGAGGAGAUGGGCUUCGUAGAUACUGCUGCUGAUAAUAAACCAAUGAGCUUACAGCAGACAUACGAGCUGAAGAGAGAGGAGCAUGUCAAAGCACUUCAGGUCAAAGAAGAUAAGAUGAGACAGGUGUUUGUAGAACGUGUCAAGGUCAAGGAAGCACAACUCAAGACAAUGGAGAAAGAGCUCCAUGAACGGUUUGAUAAGGUGAAGAAGGAGUAUGCCGAUGAGAAGAAGAAGCUAGAUGAACAACGUCGUCUCCUGAGUGAAGAGAUCAACCUGUUCAAUCAGAAGAAACAACAAGCUGCUGAAGAUGCAGCUCUUCAUGCUUCACAAACACUCCCCGGUAAGGGAAAGAAGAAGUGAGAUCAUACCAAGCAGCUUCCAUAUGAAUGGCUACGGGCGAUAACCAAACAAAAUUGUUAUAUUCUGGAGAGUAAUGGGUUAGGGCAUGUUUUGAACAAAGAGGUCUUACAUAAGUGGCCGAGGUUCGAUUAAGAACUUAAAUAUAUGCGAUAGGAACCGAGAUAAUAAUAAUGAUAACUGGAUUUAAAGGAGGCUCUAGAAAAUUAGGAUAUGUUUGGAAUUUAUUAAUCAACCAUAUACAACUCUGUUUACAAUGACUUGUUCAAGAAAGUUUGAAUAAAGGGAUAGAUAACAGAUCAAACAAACUUUAGGUGUAUUUUGGUAACAUUAGAUAUGCCAGAAACUGCACAAUGAAUGAUAGCUGAGCAAUUCUACAACACCACUCUUAGGGAUACUAAACAUGUUUGUAAAACAAGGGUAAAUUCUUUCUAUAUUCUAUAUUCUAAAUAAAUGGAUUAAGGGAGUAAAAUCCAAGAUGAUGGACCAAGCCUUUGUUCUGAAUGUUAUAUACAAGAUUUUGUAUUUAGAUACUUGACUGAUAUAUAUCAUACAAUCAAGACUGAUUUAUGUAGUAUUAGAGGUAGUACAUGGUUGUAUAGGGUUUGUUUACUGUACAUAAAGUGUAUGGAAAGUGAGAGAUCAUUUUUUUCACUACUAGUAUAUGCAAUUUAAUGUACAAGAUAGAAAAUAGAUUUUAAAAACAAUCAGAGAUAAAAUAUAUUUUCUGGAAAUUUAAUUGUUAAGGGAAUUUUUCUAGUAGGUCUUUUUUGUGCACUUAUCUUAUGAUGUCAACAAGAGGGAAAUGAUGAGAAAUUGUAUUAGGAUUAAAAUAUUCUUGUAAUAUUGACGUCGAAACUAAGAACACAGAUACCAUAGAUGUACAUGUCUGUGAAUUACCACAAUUUUCUAGAAUGUUUUUAAAUAUAGCAAUUAAAAUAUCUGUUGUUAAUGCCCAUAUCUAACUCUGCACAGAGUAUGAGCAGUACAUAUAAGCAGACAUUUCCAGAAAAACUGAAGGAAUGGGAAUAAUUGUUAUCUUCUUAAAACCUUAGUACCAUCAGCUGCCUUACAAUGUGAAUAUAACAAAUUGGAUAUCAUAGUGGUAUGCAUGUUGCCUGGCUGGAAUGCUCCCCAGGGAGUGGAGAAUGUGCAUACAUUGUGUGCGGGUAAGCCUGAAUCCAAUGACAGGGGUAAUGAUAUAUAUCUGUAAAGCACUUUGAUAGGGACUUCGGUCCGGAAAAGCGCUAUAUAAGAACUAGCUAUUAUUAUUAUUAUUACAAAGACUACAAUUUAUUAUUUUCCCACCAAAGCAUGUAUUAUUACAUGCAGUAGAGCUGCACUGACAUGUAAUUCAUGACCAUUAUCAUGUAUUGAUCUUUUAAUCCUCAAGCAGUGUUUUGAAUAUUUCAUUGUAAGUUUAUGUAUUUCCUAACCGUUGUCAUUACUAACAAUCAUAUAUAAUGUAGUAUACUUUAGAAACCUAUGUCCAAACUAAAACUAAACACAGUUUGAAAUCAAAGUAAGUUGAGAGGAAAUGAUUGUAUAGAAAGAGUAGUGAAAGUUAGUGAAAAGCAAGAAUUAUAUCAGGAAUUAAGGUUUGCAUGGAAGUAGAAGGAAACAUGUGAAUACAUACAUUAAUUUGUAAAGAAUGCAAUUUUUAGAUCUUCCAUUUUUAUUGUUUCUAAAAGCUGAAUGUAUAAUAAUAUUUGCUUCAUCAUUGAAUAUCACCAUUUCAUAGAACAUUUUUUGGCAAUUAAAAAACUUGUUUCAGUUUUAUUUUUAGUGGUGCUAUGAAAACAAAAUAACAUGUCCAUUAAAAUAGAACCAAAAAGCAGCCAGAAGUUGAUAAAAAAAAAGGUUUGUGAAGGCAUAUGUAUUACUGUGUCACUAAUGUAUAUAUUAUCUUCCUUUUUUUAGUUUUAGCUCAUGUAUUUAUGUCAUUUAUGCUACGUUUACUUUUUAAAAUCUUAUUAUGCAAGUAUUUAUUUUCUUUCUAAGCUUAUAUUAAAUAUCAUGUUGGGUCAUUGUUUCCUGUUUAUAUUGGUGAUUAAGAUCAACUUCUUUGAAAGGACAAUUUUUAUAUGGAAAAAAAAUGUUAUUCACAUCAAUCGAAAAAUAAUUAGCUGCUGGUAGUAAAGGAUUAUUAAUGGCAGAAACAAAGAAGUCCCAAAAAAAGUCUGAAGAACCUGAAAUACCCAUGAUGCAUUGGCCAAAAAAAAAAAUCAUAUUUAUUUUUGAUUUACCAACAAAUACAAUGUUUGUACGUUGGAAAUAAGUGUAGAAUAGAAAAUUGUAUUAACUCCUUUUGUUUUCAAUAUAACAAAACAAUGUUUGUAUGCUGCUUCUGUGAAUAGCAUGCAGCAAAAUAUUUAUGAAUAAAACAUAAUGACAAGUUCCUAUU